AUGACUUCAGUUCGAUUAUCUAGACGACGAGAACCAGCGAAUCUUCGAUCAUCUAUUAUUCUCGAUAGCGGAACAAUAUUCAAUCAAUUCGAACAAGCAUUACCGAUCCAUGAAGAACGCCGUCCCAUUGAAAACAAGACUCGGUAUCCGAACUUGCCUGAUUGGCACCAUCGGCUACCAAAAUCGGCAAAGAAGAAGACUCAUUCACCCGAAUCAUCUGUAACAGCUCUAUCCAUUUCACAAUUGCAACCUUCAAUAGAAAACAUCAAGUUUCUUGGUCAAACCAGAAUCAACACAGAAUUGAACCGACCUACCCAGAAAUAUCGAUCGGAUCCAACUUUACGUUCUAUGGCGCAUAAUUCAAGACGUGAUGAAGUGACGAUUCUUCAAGUAGCUGGUAAUGGUUCUACUUGGAUUGUGUUUAAAGGUUUUGUUAAAAUGCAUGAUUCCUUCACCUUUAAAUCCCAACGCUCAAUAGAUGAUCGUUUUUGUUUGAAACUUGAAAUUAAUGGUAAUCUUGAUACGACGAUUUCAGCGUGUUGUGAACGUCUCUAUCGGAAUGGCGGUCGAAUUGACGAUGGCGAUAGUUCAUUUUGGAUAGAAACUGUUGAGCAAUAUACGCCAUGUGCGAAAUGUAAAGAUAGCAUUGAUUUGCCACAAGCACCUGAUGAUGAGAAAAUGAUCCCUACUACGAGUGCAACUAGUGAAGAAAGUGAAGCAGACGAGGAUCAAUCUGUAGCAUCGGAAAAGUCGACUGAAAAGAGUAAGCCGUCCGAAGUGAAAUAUACAUUGCCGUCAAAGCCCUCAAUGGAUCUCCCAUCAUCAUCCUCAUCCACAGACGCGAAAAAAGUUCCUGACACGCCUGCCAUAGCUCCGACAAUUCAAUCACCCCUGCUUCAGCCGCCUAUUUCCCAUCAACCUCAAGUUGUAGCUGUUCCUUCUCCUCCGCCACCAUCGCUAUCGACUGUUCAUAAAUCCACUACCCAACAAGACCCACCAGUCUCUUUUUCCAAAAUACAAGUCGAACCAGCCAUUAAUGAAUCUACUCUGUUUAAAUACGUCAGCGAUGUUAUGCAACAAGCUUUAUCCAAACCUAAACUUAGACAAACAAUUUCACCGCGACGUAUUGGCAAUGUUGAGGAUUUUACCAUUCUAUACAUCAAUCACGAUGAAGACAAAGAUCUCAGUCUUCUUCAUUCUACAGUAAAUUCUAUACGUACAAUUAGUGAUUCAAGCACAUUAGGAACAUUGCUAUCAGCAUGCACAGACGAAAAGUUCAUUGUUGUGAUGUCAAUUAAUCAAGCCGAAGUAGUGCUUUCCGAACUUCAACAGUACAAAUGUAUCCAAUCAAUUUAUUUAUUAUCCAAACAGUCGCACCCACCUGAAUCGAUUAAUGGUUAUGGUAAUGCCAUUGAGAUUUAUCGAAAUAUUGAAUCAGUUUGUGAUCAUUUAAUCAAAGCAUUGCGUCAUAUUCCUGCUCGAGUAAUCCCAAUGGAAAUCACAUCGAAAGAUAGUGUUUCUGAUUUGCCAUUUACUUACUGUCAACUUUUGAAAGAAACAAUUCUUUGUCACGAUGAUGAAAGUGAUUUAAGAAAAGAUAUGCUGACAUUUUGUCGUACUCAUUAUACCCAUAAUCAAGACGAAGUACAUGUGAUCAAUGAAUAUGAAAAAUCCUUUAUCGACACGCAUAGUAUUCAAUGGUAUACACGCCAUUGUUUCUUGACAAAAAUAUUAUCGCGCGCAUUUCGCACGCAAGAAAUUGAUCUUUUAUUUAAAAUGCGUUAUUUUAUUCAAUGUCUUCAUAAACAAAUUCAAUCAAUUGCUAUCAAAGAACCGAUCACUGCUUAUGCUAUUUUAGAUGUCGAACAAGAAAUCAUGCAAAAGUUUCUAGGAAAUAUUAACGGAUUAGUUUUAUUUCGUUCAUUUCUUCCCGCAACAUUCGCACGACCCACAUCGACGGAAUAUCAAAAUAAAGACGCACAACGAUAUCUAAUCUUUUCAAUUCGACUUGGACCCGAUUGUGCAGCUAAUAUUGAACAGUUGCGCAGCUCUGAUUGCAAAAUCGACGUUCUGAUCAAUAUCGAUACUGUUUUUCGUGUAGUUUCCAUUGAUGAAGGCGAGAAUGAAGUUCAUACAGUAAACUUAGAGUCUGUUUCGCUCAAUGAUUCUCAUUUUCAACAGCUAACUGAAUCCUUACGAAAACAAAUAAAAACAUCAGUGGUCAUUUUACAAUUAGCAAAACUUCUUGUACAGACGGAUCAUUAUUGGGAAGGUGAUUAUCUUACCGAAUCAAUUUAUCAAGAUAAAUCUUUUGAGGGCGAUGGAACAUUGUUGGCUGGUUUAGCGGCUGCACAUCAUCUUCUAGGCAAUGUCGAUGAUGCCAAAAGAGAUUUUGAAGCAGCACGUUAUCAGUUCUUUAAAUCGUUACGCGCAUUUCAAUUAUUUUUACCGUACAAUCAUUCACUGCUAUCAUCUAGUUAUAACAAUAUCGGUAGUAUGUUCUAUCAAGAUGAUCAUCAUGAAUGUGCAAUUAAAUUUCAUGAAAUGGCUCUUGAAUGCCAAUUAAAAGCAUCAAGUCCUGACAUGGAUGCUGUAGCAACAUAUUCGGGAAAUAUUGGUGCAGUUUAUGUAGAUCAAAAGAGCUAUGCUGCAGCAACGAAACAUCUAGAACGAGCAGCGAUGAUCCUAGAGAAGAUGUCAACGAAAGACAAUCCAACACGUUUGAUUUCCAUUUUUCAGAAAAUUUCCAGCUGCUUUUGGCGCACAGACGAACCCAAGAAAGCAUUGGAAUACUAUAAGAAAACAUUGGAUAUUCAACUUAAAUUAAUAAAUCCAUUGCCACAUCCAUUGUCUGUCACUUAUUAUAAUCUUUCAACUGCUUAUGCACGUAUCGGUGACUACGAUGAAGCUGUGGUAUGUGCAGAAAAAUCAGUCGAAUAUUUGCGGAUGAUCUCAGAGAAUCAUCCAGAAUUGAAAGAAAAUCAAGCGCAAUUAGAGAUUGUUCGUCAAAAGCAAUGGCUCAAACAAGUUCUCUCGACAUAG